AAGAAUAGGGAGGCCGCAGGGGCGGGGGCCCAGGGUCCCGAGGAGUAGCCUCUGCUGGAGGCUACAGAGUGUGCUCGUCCUGUACCGCCUCUGGGCGAAAGCAAAUUUCAGAAGGGGGCAGGGGACCCCGAGCCUGGGCCAAAGUCCAAGUCCGCAGGGGGCUGCGCAGGAAGCUACUUAUACAUAGGACCCGCAGCCGCCGCCUCCGAGCCCCACCGCCAGCCAAGGACAGGGAGGCCAGGCAGACGUCUGCGUUAUGACCCGGCUGCUGGGCUACGUGGACCCCUCGGAUCCCUGCUUUGUGGCUGCUAUCCUCACCAUCACUUUCAACCCGCUCUUUUGGAAUGUGGUGGCGAGAUGGGAACAGAGAACCCGCAAGCUGAGCAAGGUCUUCCGAUCCCCCUACCUGGCCUGCUACUCCCUGGGUGCUGCCAUUUUGCUCCUGAACGUCCUGCGCUCGCACUGCUUCACGCAGGCCAUGCUGAGCCAGCCCAAGAUGGAAAGCCUGGAUAACCCCACGGCCUACCGCGUGGGCCUUGCACUCCUGGGAAUAGGCAGCACGUUUGUGCUUUCCAGCUUCUUUGCACUGGGCUUCACCGGGACCUUCCUAGGCGAUUACUUCGGGAUCCUCAUGGAGGCAAGAGUGACCACAUUCCCAUUCAACAUCCUGGACAACCCCAUGUACUGGGGCAGCACGGCCAAUUACCUGGGCUGGGCCAUUAUGCACGCCAGCCCCACCGGCCUGCUGCUGACUGUGGUUGUGGCCCUCAUCUACAUGGUCGCCAUCCAGUACGAGGAGCCCUUCACCGCUCAGAUCUACCAGCAGAAAGCCUCCUCGUCCCGCAAGAGGAGCUGACCGGGCCUGCGGCCACUUCACUGAGGGUCUGCCGCGCCGGCCUGCCCCGAGUGCCAAGCCCUGCAGUGGGGAGCAGAGCGACUGGCCGCGGUUCCGUGUUUGCGCCUGAUGAGGGCCGCUCAGUGCCUUGGAAACCUCUGCCUUGGGGGCCCUGGACAUGCUGCCGUUUGGCCACUGAGCCCCCAGCCCCGCUGCCCCCAGAACAUCCUAACUCAACAAUAAAGGCACCCUGACGCCAGCA